AUGGAUGAAUUAUUGAAAUCUUGGGAGUUGGAGGAAGUGUCUAAUAUAUGUAAAGAUUGCGAUUUUGGGAGAAAAUACAAGCCUGUCUGCCCCAUAACAUUCCAAGAUGAUGAAAGGCCUGGAACAUCAUCCAGUACUAGUACUGAUAGUACAAUUAUUAGUGCUUCAAGCAGCAACCUUACGAACACUGAAGAUAUUAAUGAUACAUUAACGGAACUAACGGAUACUUUUGUAAUAAAAACUAUAGAUGAAAUUUGUACUCAAACUCCAAUAGAGAAUACUUCAUCUCCAUUAGACAACAUUAAAGCUUUACUGAAUGAUUCUGUAAAGGGAAAAUACAUUUUAGCCUACUACAAUAAAGUCGGUCAUUUCAAUAGGGAAGUAAGACAAAAAUUAGUGGAACUUGUUAUCGACAACCUUUUGAAAGAUGAUCUAACCAAAAGCGAUAUCUUCUGUCUGAACGACAACAUCACCGACGGCUACGGCAUGUUCUCGAUCAACGGCUCCUGCCCGAUGAAGAUCAAGCGCCGGAACAAGAACCAGCAGCAGGACGAGUGCUUCGAGUACGGCGGCACCGGCGGCAGGCCGGCGCCCGGCGAGGGGGGCCCAGCGGCGUGCUGCGGGGACGCCAAGGCGGAGCGGGAGGACCUCGAGCAGCUGGACUCGGCGCGGAGCUUCGACGAGCCGAAGGAGGAGCCCUGCAAGGGGGAGCCGUCGAAGAACCCGCCGGCCAGGCAGAAGAAGAUGAACUUCAAGAAGAUCCACGACAAGAAGUCGUUGGAGGCGAUCGCGGGCUCGAACAUGGCGAGGAAUCCGCUGACGGGGGCCGGCAUCGAGCCGAGCGAUUACAGGAGAUCGAAGAAGGAGAAUCCCAAUAAGCGCGACAAGUGGGAAUGGUAG